UUUACUUGCAACAUUACGUGAGAGCGUCACAAAGACAAGCUGGGUUUCAAUGAAAUCUCAGGCUUGUGAAUACAUAACAACCCGGUAUUUAUUUGUACAUAAACCUAUCUUAAGUGGCGAAUAUGACAGAGAUAUUCUCAACGUUAUUCGGGCAAAAUGAAUCUCAAGGACCGGCUGGUUCGUCGUCCCUCGGAUUCGGAGCGGGGAAACCUGCGCCUCUGCCGCCGAAUCAAGCCUCUGUCGCGGGGCAGAUGCCACCACAGCUCGGGGAUGAGGGGCCUCCUCUGCGGAAGUCUGGCGCCAUGAACGAACCUUUUUACUUACUACGAGAACUACCUGUGGGAAACGAAUUAACAGGGAACACCAACCUCAUCACACAUUACAACCUGGAGCAUGCCUACAACAAGUUCUGUGGGAAGAAGGUGAAGGAGAAGCUCAGCAACUUUUUACCAGAGUUACCAGGUAUGAUUGACUGUCCCGGGGAUCAGGAUGGAAGCUCACUACGAUCCCUUAUCGAUAAGCCGCCAGUAUCUGGAAACUCUUUCAGUCCGCUUACAGGCGCCCUGCUAACAGGCUUCAGACUACACACUGGGCCGCUACCAGAACAGUACAGACUAAUGCACAUACAGCCUCCAAAGAAGAAGAGCAAACACAAGCACAAACACCAUCGCCCGCAGGACCCAUUACCACAAGCAGAGACGCCAUCAGACACUGACCCCAAGAAGAAGAAGAAAAAGCGGGAUGAUGAUCCCGACCGCAAGAAGAAGAAGAAAGACAAGAAAAAGAAGAAGAACCGCCACAGCCCCGAUCACACUGGCCUCGCCGGCUCACAGCCCAACAGCAACAGCCUCAGAUAGGCCCGGGCCCCACGUGUGCAUGUCGGAGUGAAUGUGAGCGGUUUUUGUAAGCGAGUGUGUGUACAGAGAAUCAUAUUAUUCAAAGUACAGUACCGGUCGACAGUUUGGCUUGUGCUAUCCAACGGAAAGGCGUGUCCAAAAUGUUGACUGGUACUAUGGUGUGCUGUCAUGAAAGAACGGACUGGCUGGAAUCACAAAUGAUUGCGUGACGCGGUCAACAAUGCAAUGGACAUUUAUAAUGGCAAUGUUCUAACAACAUUGCACUCUAUUACCAAAAUCAAAUAAACUUCCUUUAAUGUCUUUA